AUGAAGUACGUUGGUGCGCUGGAUCAGGGAACAACAUCAACUCGCUUUAUUAUAUUUGAUGAGGAGCAACGCAUGGUUGCGCGGUGUCAGAUGCCGAUUGCACAGUUGACUCCACAGGCAGGUUGGGUUGAACAUGAUCCAAUGGAGCUGUUUCGGUCAAGCUGCAUGUGCAUUGUUGCUGCGAUGGAAGAUGUACAGCGUCGGAUCCCAUCUUUUGUAAAACUUGAGGCGAUUGGCAUUACGAACCAACGUGAGACAACGGUGGCAUGGGAUCGUGUGACACAGCAGCCUCUGUGUGGUGCGAUUGUGUGGAAUGACUUGCGUACCUGUGAGGUGACUUUGCGUGUGAUCAAAGAGUUGGGUGGUGGUGAUCCUUUGUUUGCCUCCAAAACGAAUGGCUUGCGUGUAAGCACCUAUUUUUCUGCGUUUAAGAUGCGCUGGAUGCUUGAUAAUGUUGCUAAGGUGGCGGAGGCGCGUCGGCGUGGCACUCUUUGCUUCGGAACCGUUGAUGCUUGGUUGCUCUGGAAGCUAAGUGGUGGGAAGGUGUUUGCGACGGAUGUGACAAACGCUUCUUGCACGUUUUUGAUGGAUAUUCGCACGUGCAAAUGGUCUGUCGAGCUUUGCGAGAAACUUGGCAUUCCUAUGGAUUGUCUGCCAGAGAUCCGGAGCAACAGCGAGCUGUUUACGGAUGUUUGUUCUGACGAAGGCGGACUAAUUGCAGCCCUGCAGCACCCAACACCAAUCAUGGGGUGCAUAGGUGACCAGCAGGGUGCGUUGCUUGGGAACAUGUGCUUCAAACAGGGAGAGACAAAAAAUACGUAUGGUACUGGAUGUUUUGUGCUUAUGAAUGUGGGGGAAAAGGUGCAUUUUUCAAACCAUGGUCUUCUCUCCACUGUUGCCUAUCAGCUUGGUAACAAGUCCUCGUUAACCUACGCUCUUGAAGGCUCCAUUGCUGGAGCUGGGUCAACGCUUGAAUGGUUUAAAGCUAAUAUGCAACUUGUUGGCGACAUCUCUGACUGUGAGAAGUUGGCCAGAACUGUGCCUGAUACGCAAGGUGUCAUGUUUGUACCUGCGUUUUCCGGUUUUCUGGCACCUAACUGGGAUGCUUCUGCCCGUGGAACUAUUUUGGGGAUGACGUUGAAGACAACCCGCGCCCAUCUCCUUCGCGCCGCGCUACUCUCCAUUGUGCUUCAGGUUUUUGAUGUUUUGGAGGCACUUGAGAAAGACACGGGAGUUAAAGUGGAGUUUCUUCGUGUGGAUGGUGGACUGACUGCAAAUCAUCUUCUGAUGGAGAUGCAGUCAGACAUUUUGGGAAUUGAACUUCGUCUUCCGAUGAUGGCCGAAACCACUGCGCUUGGUGCAGCUUUGUGUGCCGGCCUAGCUGCAGGUGUCUGGAAGUCGCUGGAGGAGGCAAAGACCAUAUCGAACAAAACGAACGUUUUGCAUGUGAUCAGGCCUGGUGUGUCCGGGGGUUCUAAAGAGAGGUUAAGGGAGCAAUGGAGGCGGGCACAGCAACAUGCCAAGUGGGCAAAGUUGUAA